GCGAUGGCGUCGGGUGGCAGCCCCGGGUCCCGCUCGCCCUCCCCGGCCGAGCGCCGCCCGCCGCCCUUCCCCGAGCACCGCGGGCUGGGGCCCCCCGACAGCGACUCGGAGGGCGAGGACAUCUUCACCGGCGGCAGCAACUCCCCAGUCCUGAAAGAAGAAUCUCCUCUCCCUGUGAGCAGCUCCUCCAAAGAGAACGGAGUUCAUGUGGAGCAGGAUGAUCAGGAUCUAUUUGCAGAUGCCACUGUGGAGCUGUCCCUUGACAAUGCUCAGAACAACCAGAAGGAGGUGGCCAAAGCAUCCAAUCCUUUGCCCUCAUUAGACAUAGCAGCAAGUUCUUCAAGAAACCUUUCAAAGACUUAUGAGGAGCUGGAAGAAGAGGAGCAGGAGGACAAAUUUGACCUGACUGUGGGAGUGAGUGACCCGGAGAAAGUUGGGGAUGGCAUGAAUGCCUACGUAGCCUACAAAGUGUCAACACAGACCAGCAUGCCGAUGUUCAGGAGCAAGCAGUUCUCAGUCAAAAGGAGAUUCAGUGACUUCCUGGGGCUCUAUGAGAAGCUAUCAGAGAAACAUGCCCAGAAUGGCUUCAUUGUCCCUCCGCCACCCGAGAAGAGCCUCAUAGGCAUGACCAAAGUGAAAGUUGGGAAAGAAGAUUCCUCCUCUGCAGAGUUCCUAGAAAAACGUCGGGCUGCUCUAGAGAGGUACCUACGGAGAGUGGUCAGCCAUCCAACCAUGCUGCAGGACCCGGACGUCAGGGAGUUCUUGGAGAAGGAGGAGCUCCCAAGAGCAGUAGGAACCCAGACCCUGAGUGGAGCAGGAAUAAUGAAGAUGUUCAACAAAGCUACAGAUGCUGUCAGUAAAAUGACCAUCAAGAUGAAUGAAUCGGACAUCUGGUUUGAGGAGAAGCUGCAGGAGGUGGAGUGUGAGGACCAGAGGCUGCGGAAGUUGCACGCUGUGGUGGAGACACUGGUGAACCACCGAAAAGAGCUGGCACUGAACACAGCCCAGUUUGCCAAGAGUCUGGCCAUGCUGGGAAGCUCAGAGGAUAACACAGCCCUUUCCCGGGCAUUGUCCCAGCUGGCUGAGGUGGAGGAGAAGAUUGAGCAGCUGCACCAUGAACAGGCUAACAAUGACUUCUUCCUCCUGGCUGAGCUCCUGGGGGACUACAUCCGUCUGCUCUCCGUUGUAAGGGGAGCCUUUGACCAGCGCAUGAAGACCUGGCAGCGGUGGCAGGAUGCCCAGACCAUGCUCCAGAAGAAGAGGGAGAUGGAGGCCAGGCUGCUGUGGGCAAACAAACCCGACAAGCUGCAGCAGGCCAAGGAUGAGAUCUCGGAGUGGGAGUCCCGGGUGACACAGUACGAAAGGGACUUUGAGCGGAUUUCUGCUGUCAUCCGCAAGGAAGUGAUGCGGUUUGAGAAAGAGAAAUCUAAGGACUUCAGAAACCAUGUCACGAAAUACCUUGAGACAUUAUUAAACUCUCAGCAACAGCUGGUGAAGUACUGGGAAGCAUUCCUGCCUGAAGCCAAGGCCAUUUCUUAACUGGACUGAGAAAACAAACCUGAAUUUUG